UAAUGCGAGCAGUACAAUUAGUUAUAGCGCACGCCCGGACAACAGAGCAAAGGCUGGGUACCACUCUGACGGGAGAUGGCUUUUCUUUUGAUUCAGUGCAUUUAAAAUGAACUUUCUGAGGACGGCUCUUCCUUUCUUCUGAGCGCAAAUGAUCGCGCGCGAACAUAUAUCGCCAUUUUACAGCAGCGCGUGCCCUGGACGCAAAAUGCUAUCGGGAUGAAUCCCUCGCCGCUUUCCAUCGGUAAGCAAAACGAGAUGUGCUUGACUUAGCUUUGUUUGCCAUCCUUAAACACGAGCGGCAUCCGCUAUCUGGCAUCCGAAUGAAAGCCUGCGCAUUGCGGUGCGGUUUGUUUUCGUUUCCGUUUCGUCUCGUGUUUUGGAGCGUCGGGCAUCCCCUCCUCUCCCACGCAUCACCUAAUCGAUAAUCGAUUGCAUGGACUUGGGGCAGAUGUCACGCUUUCUUCUGUGCCAUCAUCGCUGCAUGUGAUACACCGCAGCUCUAUUUGUAACAUCACUGGCUCUCCUGUGUCAUAAAUGAAAAACAAACCCUACCCUCUAAAAUUUACACCACCAUGGGAGAAGAAUGCUGGCUUUGGAAGGAAACACAAGUCUUGCACGAGAAACCACACCAAAAUAAUCGCCAACCCUGGAAUUGUGAUGAAAGUGCUACGGCGGAAGAAGAUCAUCAUGUUUCUGGCCUAUUUUCUGCUGGUUGCUUUGACCAUGCUGAACCUGGCUAAUUACAAAUGGACCAAAGAGCCACAGCAGUGCAACCAGCCCAUGCAAGGAGUGAACUUCCAAAGCAGAUCCGACAUCCGUCACCUUUACAAAGCCCCGCAGGUCAAGAAAAGGCAGCUGGUGUACGUGUUGACCACUUGGAGGUCCGGCUCGUCCUUUUUCGGGGAGCUCUUCAACCAAAACCCAGAUGUGUUUUUCUUGUAUGAGCCCAUGUGGCACAUUUGGCAGAAGCUGUACCCAGGGGACGCCGUGUCCCUCCAAGGAGCGGCUAGGGACAUGCUGAGCUCUCUUUACAGGUGUGACCGGGGACGACGAGACCCCAGGGCGGUGGCCAACUCCAGGAUCAAAUCCCGGCACGGACUCAUACGGGAGAAUUUGCAAGUUGUACGCAGCAGAGACCCCAAGCUUCGUCGCGUGCCAUUCGUGGACCCCAGCCACAAAAUGAACAAAAAAGACGGGUCCGAUUACCACUCCAUUGGAGCCAUGGAGGUGAUCUGCGAACAAAUGUCUAGAACUCUGAAAACCGCUCUUCACCCUCCCACCUGGUUCAAAGGCAAAUACAUGACGGUACGCUACGAGGACCUGGUGGAGAAUCUCAUUAAAACUGUAAGGAAUGUUUACCGCUUCGUGAAUCUCUCAGCCAAUCAGGACAUUGAGAUCUUUGCUAUGAAUAUGACGACAGGGCCGAACGCCUCCACCAAACCCUUCAUCGUGUCCUCCAGGAACGCCACUCUAGCGGCCAGCGCCUGGAGAACUGUGUUGAACUACCAGCAGAUCAGACAGGUGGAGGAGUACUGUCAGCAUGCCAUGUCUCUGCUGGGAUACCUGCGCGCCCGCACGGCUGGCGAGGCUAAGGAUUUGAGCAGACCAUUAUUGACAGUGCCCAAAAUAUGAACCACCACCGCCAAAGACGUUUGAUGUUUUGCAGAUGUGCUGAUAUCAGCCCAAUACUCAUUCUGUAUGUUCAAUGCUUAAUGGCUCAGUGGAAUGUAUCUGUUUGCAUCAUACUGUGCACAGCCACUUAUUGUAUGUUGGAACCAGAAUAUUGUCUGUGCAUCACCACAUAUUUGACCAAAUAAGAA